CCAGCACAGCCUCACCCCCGCCCGCCCCCUUCCCCGGCCCGGGAUGGAGCCCGGAGCCCCCGCGGAGCCGCGUUGCCGCCUGGAGCCAUGGCUGCACUAUGAGCCCGGUCCGGCGGUCCUCUGCGCCCUCGGCUGCGUCCUCGGCCUUCUCUAUGGCUGCGUUGGCCAUCGCUGCUUCAAAGCCAUCAUGUUCACCUCGGGGCUGCUCCUGGGCUCCAGCACCAUCUUCCUGCUGUGCUACAAGGAGCGCGUGUUGGAGACGCGGCUGAGCCUGGAGGUGAGCGCAGGCAUCGCGUUGGCCAUCGGCUCGCUCUGCGGGUUGGUCACCGCUCUGCUGCGCAGCGUCGGGCUCUUCUCCACCGGGCUGCUGCUGGGGCUGCUGCUGGCCGCGGCCGUGCUGGCAGCUGCUGCGCCGCUGGUGCCGCCGCUGAGCCCGUGGGUGCUGGUGGGGGUCCUGCUGGGCCCGGCGUUGCUCUGCGCCCUGCUGGCCCUGCGGUGGCCCAAAGCGCUGACCACGUUGGCCACUGCCGUCCUCGGCGCCGCCGUGGUGGCGGUGUGUGUGGAUUAUUUCGUGGAGGGGUUUGCUUUGGUGCUCCACGUCUCCGAGAGGCUGCGGAUGGCGGCGGUGGGGCAGCUCUGCUGGUACAGCUGGGUCGUGCUGGGGCUUUGGCCGGCGCUCAGCCUGCUUGGUGUCCUGCUGCAGCAACGGAAGCCAAAUGCCAGCAGAACCGAACCCCCUCCAAGUGCAGCCACUGCCACCAGCCUGGCCCAGUGACACACGGCUUGUGCAACACGUUGGCCUCGAGCUCGUGGGACCUGCAGCUGGAGAACGCAGCCCCCCGGACCCGGCUGGGACCCCCAGUGAUGGCUGUGGCUCCGCUGUGUCCUUCGCCACCUCGGUGCCUCCAGGCCACCUCUGAGAGGCCCCUGUGCCCCCCACCCGCUGUGGGUUGCUGUCCCCCCACCACGCCUGCCCUUUUUAAGCAGGCAAAUAAUAACAGGGCAUCCUCAUAGGGUAAAUGGGAGCUCCUGCCCCACAACCAGCCCCACACCCACUGCGAUCCCUGCUCCCUGUCAGCUCCAGAGAGGUUCAGCUCUACUCUCGCUCCAGGGCAAGGAAAGACUUCAUAGCAAAUAACUCCCCACAGCAAUUUCUGUAGGACGCACACAGUGCUGUGCACGCACUGCUGUACCUGAGCUACAGUGUUCUGAAUGCCUCCAGCUCCCCUCUCCGACUCCCAAACCUGUUAUACCCCCAUUCCUGCUGCCACGAGGCCCCCAGCUCCACCGACCACCUGGGCUGCCCGUUCCUGCAUCCCCCAAACCACCAACACCCCCAUCUGUGAGCCCUGAGCUCCCUAGACCCCCCACACCUCCUCCUCCAUGCUCCAGCGACCCCCAGAAUCCCCCAUGAUGUCCCCUUAUGGACAUCAUCUCUCCCAUCUCAAACUUCCCGGCUCCAUCCCCAUGCACCACCUCCCCGAUCCCGGGACCGACCACAGCUCUCCCUGCUCAGCCCCACGCAGGAUGAACCCAAACCCCGUCUCCCAGCAGAGCCCAGCGCAGGGUUGGGGCAGAACGAGCGCCGUCCCUCCCGACGGGCAGCAGGACGUGGGCUGGUGCCAAGCCGGAGCGCGGGGCCACCCAGAAAAUGGGGCACAAGAGGGGGCCGACGCUCCAACGCUGCUCACGGGACACAAAGGCAGCUGUGCCCCACGCAGCUCCCAGAAGUGAUGCUGGUGUUGGCUGGGCGGGCUGAGGGGGCUGGGGAGCGCGGGGGGAUCCCUGCACGUCCUCAGCAGGGAAAGGCAGAGCUGAGCUCCUGCCGCGGGGUCACUACUGCAAUUUUAUUAUUGCGCUCUUAAAAAUAAAAGGAAGAGGACGACAGGCCGUAACACAGAAUGCGAGGGGCUGGGGAAGAAGUCAAGGAAGAGCUGCUGCCCCCGCCUCCCCCGCAGCACCAGCCCUGCCCGGCUCCCCCGAAUAAACUUUAAAAAGGAGAGAGG